AAACUUCCAACAUGAAAAGGAAGUUGUGUGGCUAAGAAAACACCAACAUUCCAAAAAGAGUUUUAAUUCAACAAGAACAAGAAAAAGCAAAAAUCCAAAAAACUUAUCAGUUACAAUAUCCACCUCAUGUAUAUUUUCCUCCUAUCUCUUUGGAUUUCAUUUCUCCCACAUCAUCACUUCAACAAAAAAAAAAAAAAAAACUCUUUAAUAAACACCACUGAUAAAUUCUCUGAUCAAAAUCACCAUUACAUUUCACCUAUAUUCCUGCUUAUUGAACAUGGCAGCCACAGCUGCCACAGCAGUUACAAGUCUUCAUUGUAUCACACGUUCAAAGUUGUUAAACUGGCCUAGUUCUGAUCAUUUGCUUAAAAUAUCAUCAUCAACUAGAACACCACCAACAACACCAAAUGUAGCGUUAAUUUCAUCAUCUUCGUCAUGGUGGUCAAGUGAAGUUACUUCGAUUUACAAGAAGUGGAGGGUGGUGCCAAGGCUGGCAGCUGCAGUGGCACAAGAGGAAGUUGAGGCGGCCGCGGUGAAUGAGGAGGAGGAAGAGGGAGGAGAGGGUUCUAUUGAGAGUAGUAAUGAAGGUGAAGGUGUAAAUACUAAGCUUUAUUUUGGGAAUUUGCCAUAUCUUUGUGAUAGUGCACAACUUGCUGGGAUUGUUCAAGAUUAUGCUAGUCCUGAGCUUGUUGAGGUUCUGUAUGAUAGAGACACAGGUAAAAGCAGAGGAUUUGCAUUUGUGACAAUGAGUUCUCUUGAAGAUUGCAAGACAGUCAUCGAAAAUCUAGACGGAAGAGAGUAUGGUGGCAGAACCUUAAGGGUGAAUUUCUCAGACAAGCCUAAACCGAAAGAACCUCUUUACCCGGAAACUGACCACAAACUCUUCGUUGGUAACUUGGCGUGGUCAGUAACGUCUGAUAGUUUGGCACAAGCAUUUCGAGAAUAUGGAACUGUUGUUGGAGCUAGGGUACUGUAUGAUGGUGAGACCGGGAGGUCUCGCGGCUAUGGUUUCGUAAGCUUUGAGACUAGAGAAGAAAUGGAGAAUGCUCUUAACAAUCUCAAUGGAGUGGAAUUGGAUGGAAGGGCAUUGCGUGUUAGCUUAGCACAAGGGAAGAAACAAUAAGAUGGGACAAGAUUGUUGUAUAUUAGUUGUAAAAGUUGAAAUUUGCCAUCUAUGGAAGAACAAGUUUUAUUCAUGGAUUUAAGAUGGCUAAAAAAGGAUUUAACUUGGUCAAAAAGAGAUGUUUUAAUUUGAAUUACAUCUCUUUUCUUCUUUCCUUUUGUAAUUUAGAGAGCUAUAAUUAUUCCUUUCAUAUUGUAGAAAGAUAUUAUAGACUCAAAACUAAUUGGUGGUCUUAUUGGUAAAAGUGGUCUCAAUAGAUAAUGUAUGGGAUGUGUUUGAUGAGAAUGUUUGGUUUAUGUGCCUUAUGUAAGUGUUCAAUUAAAUAAAAGACCUUUAUUUUUUUUUA